AUGCCCACAAUCUCUCUCUUGCUUGAUACCCGCCCGGACUCUGCAAAAGCAAAUUGCCUAACGACGUCUAUAGUGAACAUCAACUCGCUCUCCGUUCCGCAACUGCGCGCGCUCCAGACCCGGCUCUCAAGUGAGCUGGAGCACUUGACCUCGUCCCAUGCGAAGCUUCGCGCUGCACAGUCGAGAUUCCGGGACUGUGUGCGUUCUAUCAAUGAAGGUGUUGUUGGGUCAGAGAAGAAGGGCACAGCCGGGAAGGAGGACAUUCUUGUGCCUCUGACUAGCUCGCUCUAUGUUCGGGGUAAGCUUGCAGAUCGGGAGACAGUCCUGGUGGAUGUGGGAACGGGGUAUUUUGUUGAAAAGACAACUGCCAAGGCAAUUGAGUUCUACGAAGAAAAGGUCAAGGAGCUAGAGGCGAACCUUACAGACUUGGAGAAGCUUGUACAAACUAAGAGCUCGCAGCAGAGACUCUUUGAAGAUGCUCUGAGGCAAAAAUUGAUGAGUGAAGGUGCUGCAUCAUCCACACCUGCGGCUGCCGGUGGUUGA